AGUGAGACUUUAAAAUGGACGCUACCGUGUUUUGUCAUUUGUUUUAAUUCACAUUUUUCUAAUUAUCGAUUUUGACGAACUUAUUCACAAUGAACCAGGCUAUGUUACCAUUUAUUAUUUCAAGAACGUUUAGUAGGUCGGCUUAUCCAAGUUUUCCGGCAAAAGAUCGCUAUUUGGCGAAGUUUUUAAAGAAAAAGAAGAAACGUUCCUGGCACGAUUCUCCGAUGAUGUCAUUACAAACUGGAACCUCUUUCAAUAGUCCACUCAGUAAACCUAAUCAUGGCAACACACGUCGGGCACAGCAGCUCAGCUUUUUACUCCAUCGUUACAUCACAGAGAUGCUGUAUGGGGGAGAAAUUGAUCAAGAAAUUUUGAACACUGGUGUACAGAUUUCAAAGGUGCAGCUCCUACCAGAUAUGACCAGCCUGAACAUCACUUGGACUACCACUGGGACUGAACAGGACGCGAAAACACAGCAGAUUCUAGAAAACAAUGCUGGGAAGAUAAGGAGUGCCCUUUCCUCGAUGUACAUCAUGAACAGAAUUCCGAGAAUAACCUUUGUAAAAGACAAAUUCACGGCACGUGUUGGAGAGGUGGAACGGCUUUUAAAAAUAGCAGACACAGGUCCAGAAACUGAACAAUUACAUGUAGAUGACCAUGAAGAAACUGAUCUGGGUUCAGAUUCUGAAACUGACUUAUCGGACCCGGAAAGCAGGUUCGAGUUAUUCAAUACAGACUUUAGCCCGAAGAAUAAUGUUCUUGGACUAGAUCAUGCGUCCUUGAUGCAAAGUGUUAUCAACUCAAAAACUAAAUCAAAGGACAGAUCAUUUGAAAUUGAAGAAGAAAAAACUGGUUCCUUUCGACUUGAGAAUAUUUCUCCAGGUCAGUUAAAUAAGCACAUUGAGGCCAAGUUACGGUCUCGGAAGAUGGAGAAAAUCUCCAAGAAAGAGACUGGUUUGAGUCGGUAUGUCGAAGAUCUGUCACUUUAUGAGGAAAGAUACAAAGACACUUUUGAUGAUGAAGAUGUUCAUUAUCAAGAGGAUUGUGAUGAGAACUGAAAUCGAACAGAAAUUGGAGUGAACUGAGGAUAAAGGCAGAGUUAGUGCCCUUAUGUAAUAGAAAAUGCAUCAACUGUUCUGAAUUAAAGCCUCAUUUUGGUAUAUCAUAGUU